GAUAUACCACACCAGCGGGCACCCGUAUCGACUCCUUACCCAGAAUUCCCACUGUUUUACUUUCCUUUAUUUCUAGUACAGGGAAAUCAUAGAAUACUUCAUGCACGGUGAAUGGAAGGAAAAAUCGUUAAGGACACAAAGUUAAAGGCGCGUUCUCUCCUAUGAAAAAGCUUUACUCCCGCCGCCACUAGUGUUGGUAAACAAAGCCCGCCGUGUUGACACUUGACAGGCGGCCCAACACACGCUAAACACCAACGCCUGCACCCAACACACCACCAUGCCUCAUAGAUCACCAAGAACACCACCACUGCCAUACACGCCGCACCACACCUCAGCCUCAACAUUCUCCGGGGAGACGCUGCCUGCACACUCACCCUACACUCAAUCGAAGACAUUUUCGAUCGUCAUCUCUGGCUGUCACUGCAAUGUCUGUGUCAUCGCCAAGUGUGUUCCUGCUCAGUGUGUCAGGGCAGGUGGAGGCUGGCCGCUUCAUGGGGGGAGACAACCUCCACUUCAACUACUGCUUCACUGCCGGCCAGGACUGGGAGGUGGUGUCGGGACUGGAGGAAUGUGUGUCACAGACGGCCUGUUGCAGUGAUGAUGAGAGGCAAUUGUUUGUGUGGAAUUUUCCAAUAGACAUUACAUACAAGUCAACAAAUCCUUUUGGCUGGCCACAGAUCAUCCUGAGUGUGUAUGGCACAGACUUCUUUGGCAACAUUGUCAUUGUGGGAUAUACUGCUUGUCAUGUACCCAUCACUCCCGGCACCCACACCCGCAGGCUUAAAACUUUUGUGCCAGAGUCAGCCUCCACCAUCCAGAAGCUCAUGUCAUGGCUCACUGGCCGAAGACCUGAAUUCCUAAACCCUAAAAUCAUUGCCCAAGGCCGAGGACGUGAAGUGACACGUGUGAGAUCUCAUGGAGAGAUCACCAUUACUUUUAAUGUGAUGAUGAAAGACUUUGCCAAGCUUGGAUAUGACUGUGGUGCCCCAUCCAAGGUGCCUUAUCUGGGUGCUCCUCCCCCACCCCAGACUGUCACUGUGCCCAGGGAAGGUCAGAGUGAUGCUUAACUCAUCCCCAGGAUGUACGUUACAUGAUCCACUUUCCAUGGCUGUUGCUGUCAGGGAACACAAUAGUUGCGAGAUGUAGAGGACAUCAUAACCCUAGUCUACUUGCUACACAGCCUGAGGACAUCCAGUAUGAGAGCUUUCCUGAUAGCAAAAAGCUUUAGCCAAAUAUAAAGUACAUUUAUCUAGUCAUAUUGGUGUUCAGGAAGUCAUGGUUUUGUAACAACCCGUCUUAUAUACUAAACUUGCACAGAAAUUGUUUCUUUGCUUCAUGAAAGUGGUACAAAACAUUCUAGUUUAUUUCUUUAUUUGUAAUACUACUAUAGAACUACUCUAAUGCACAAUGCCUUCCAGGGCUUAUAGUACAAGUAGUGUUCAGAGUAAAAUGCCUCAUACAGAC